GCCGUGUCCAUGCCCGUGGGGCCGCCGAGCCCGGCUGCGGAGCCCCCCUCGCCGUGGAGCCGGCCGGGGCUGCGCGCUCCCGAAAUAUGAGCAGCCGCCCCCCGGGAGGAGCCGGCUCGGGCGUGUGCUUCGGCCCGCGGGAGCCCGACAAGCCCUUCGCGGACUCGGAGCGGGCGCAGAAAUGGCGCCUGUCGCUGGCCUCGCUGCUCUUCUUCACCGUGCUGCUCUCCGACCACCUGUGGCUCUGCGUUGAGGCCAGGCAGGUCGCGGCCGGGCGCCACCGGGACCCAGAGCGGGCGGGAGCGGGCAGGGAGGACGGCAUGGACGGCGCGGCGGAGGCGGAGGGCGGCGGCGGCGGCGGCGGCCAGUGCUUCAGCCUGCUGGGCGACGCCGAGGCUGCGUGCCGCCGCCUGCAGCUGCCCGGAGCCUCGGCCCAGGCGGAGCUCUACCUUCCCUUUUGUAGUUCCUACACGCUGCGCGAGCUCUUCGCCGGGCUUUCCCGCCCGGACACUCUCAACUGCACUCUGGACCUAGGCGAGGGGGACGAGGACGAGGAGUUGGAUGGCGAAGGGCGCCGCGGGGAGGAGGAGGAGGAGGAGGAGGAUUGGCUCGGCUCUUGCCGCCGCUGCGUCCUGGCUUACCAGAACUACGACCAGCAAGCGCAGGACCGCUACCGAGAGUUCGAGCUCGUGCUGCAAAAAUACUUGCAGGCGGAGGAGUACUCGGUGAAAUCCGGCCCGGAGGAUUGUAAGACUGUCUACAAAGCCUGGCUCUGUUCCCAGUAUUUUGAAGUCACACAGUCUCACUGCAACCACACAAUUCCUUGCAAGCAAUACUGUUUGGAGGUUCAGACAAGGUGUCCAUUUAUAUUACCAGACAACGAUGAUGUCAUCUAUGGAGGAUUAUCCAGUUUCAUCUGUACAGGGCUCUAUGACAACUAUCCAACCAAUGCAGAACCAGAAUGCUGUGAUGUCAGAUGGGGACUAUUAUCAGAUAACCAAUCCAAAGGGACUAUAAAAACAAGUGACUCGAUGUGUCACCGGACAUCACUCACAGUUUCAUCAGCAUCAAGACUGUGUAACAGCAGACUUAAACUGUGUGUUCUCGUACUAAUUCUCUUACAUACAGUACUAACAGUCUCAGCAGCACAGAACUCAACCGAACUGGGCUUUGGCGGCAUAACAACUUUGGAAGAUAAUUCAACCAAUGAGGAAUAAAAGAUCCAAUUCAUCUUCUCCUAUGGGCCUACAGCAGGCCCACAUGUACUGCAGUCAAACACAAGAGACUGGGUCCUUUUGCCCUCCAUUCAAUCCUCCAAAGGCCUUCUGGGUAAAACUCAGCAGAAGGGCCACAAUCCAAACAAGGACACAUCAAAUACAGCUUUUUAUUGACUAAAAGGCUGUCUGGUGACUUAAAUUUCUCACACCAUUUUAUACACUGUGUUUUAAUGUUUGGAGUUUCUUUCUUUUGUUUUUGCACUUGUUAAUACAGGAUUUUAUUUUUUGGACAGUUUCUCAGAGCUAAACUAAGUCUUUUCACUGUCUUAUCUAUUUCUAGUCAUUGUGUGUGUUCAUCCAAUAGUUCUGUCUUUUAUGUCUUGUCAGUUUCUAUUAGAGGAAAGAACUGCUGUGGUUCCAUGGCAUAACUAACUAUUGGAUUAAUUUUUAUUUUUAGAAAAAACAACAGUAACCUUGCCCCCUAAAUGGCCCUACUCCCCCACAAAAAAAUGGUUCUCCUUCUCCUCUCCAGUGCCCCAAAGCCGAAAAUGCCCGCUUGCUUUUCCGUCUGUGUAAUCACAAUGAAUGGGCGCACGAUUCAGAUGAGCCUCUGCCCAUGUUGCACAAGUCACCUGACUGGAACCCAAAGUGAGGAGAUGGGGAGGCAAGAGAGAAGUGCUCUCCUUCUAAGGUGGAAUCGGACAGUGAAAUUGUAACGUAACAAAACCUAUAACAAACUGUUGCUCCAAUUCCCAUUUUCAAAGAAGUCCAGUCCUUUCUCACUGGUCAGUUGAACAGGAGCAGCCUGGGACGGAAGACAGUGCAUGCAAAACCAUGUUUAGAGCUCAGCAAAGAUGACUAGAUGAGAGAGGCCUUCACAGUGGCGGGAGAUGUUUGGCAUUCAUUGUGAAUUACGGUUUUUUAAUUCCGCCGCAGUCAUGCGAGCAGCACUUGUCAGUAUAAUCUAUAGGAGCAAAGAGGUUCAGAAAAAAAAAUUAUUUUUUUUCCUUUUCCCCUUUACUAGUUCCUGAUUAUCUCUCCACAAAUUCCCCCAGAAAACACAGAAUGUGUGGACAUCACACAUGAGUGCACACCCAACCUAGUUUAAAUAGCAACAUUUCUUGGAAAUCUCUGACCCCCAACCAGGGUUCCCAGAUGCCUGUAUACUGGUAUUUAAAGAUGCAGUUGUGUUUCGUCCACAUCACACAAUUGCUGUGGGAACAUGGGAACAUAAGGUGUGUGUUUCCUGCAGCAACCCAGUGUAUGAAACUGUCCGCAGUCUAUUAAGUAUGACAUGUUAAUGAAAUUCCCCUUGAAACUAAAGGCAGACGAGGACAUUGGGGGGGCGAAGGCAGAACUAAACGUUAGCACAGCUGAAAAAGAAAACAUAAUGGUGUGUUUUUUUAAUAAAAAAAUAGUCAUCAUAAUAGAUAAACCAUUUCCAUGAGUGUGCAAUAAAAUUUAACACGUUGGGCUGAGUAGUCAAAGUGGGGCAGGGAGUGAGAAUAAUCCAGUUGUCUUUCCCCCCCAUUUUUUUCUUUGUAGAAUCAUAUCACCUGCUGAGUGUAUGAGAAUUUGCUUUUUAAAAAGGCUUUUUAGAGUUUACACUAGAAUAAAUGGAAGGAAAAGUUAAUAAGGGCUGUUUUAAAAAAAACUUUUCAUUCCUUCCUGUUCUCUAACUACACUUGGAAAGUGCACUUUAGAGCUGUUUGCUGUGUAGCUGAGAGAUGAAGGAAAAAAGAUAGGAAAUAUUCUCUUAGCAAACCAAUUAUCUACUUUCUAGCUAUGAAAAACCCCAUCCUUCCCUGGCCCUUUCAAGAAAACGUUUCUGUUCAUCACUGCGGUGUUGAUAUGCAUUUUUAUUCAUGUUUUAUGGUUUGUGAAGUUCUGCAAAAAAUAUAUAUAUAUAUACAAAAAAAUACAAAAAAAAAAAAAUCCCUACUGCUUUAGCAGGUUAAAAUAAUGCAUUUGUUUAAGAUGUAUAAGCUCAACUAUUUUGCAAGACUUCUUGUUUUGAUAGUGUUUUGCUAUGAACUGAGAAUGAGGAUCUUAAAAUGACCUGUGCAAAUACAAAAAAAAGCACGUAAAAUGCAGAAUUAUUCAGCUUCAGUUUCUUUCCUUACCCUUCUCCCCUCCUUACUACGCAUGUGCACACACAGAUAUUCUACUUGGCAUUUAAAAAUGGUGCUUUUAUUUUCCCACCCCCACCCCGGAAGAGCACAUCUCAUAUGAAUUAUACUCAUAACUCUACUGUGGAAAUACUUUGAAAAUUUAGGGGUGGGGUGGGGGUGUGGGGAGAGAAAGCUUUAACCGAUAGUGGAAUGUAGAUUUCAAAGAGCAUUUUGGUCUGUUGCGGAAAAAAAGUAAUGCAGCAAUAAGGGGGCUGGGCUGCAGUACUUUAGGGAGUUUGCUAGAGUCGCGCGACUAAGAAAGCACAUAGGUGAGCUCUUGUUCAACUGACCUCUUCUCUUGAUCUUAAACGUAAAUGGUCAGUAAACAGUUUGUUAUAAACCUUGAUCUACCUCUGCUGUGCAAAGGCCAUUCAACAACAUCCAUUUCUGUGACAUUCAUUGCAUUAUCAUUUUGGUUCACCCAUGGACUCAUUCGUUCUAUUUUUAUUUUAUUUAUUUUUUGCACUGCCCCAAUACAGUAGCGAGUUCUCUUCGUCCCACAUUUAAAGUGGCAUUUAAUGAAGAAGUGCUGGUUCUUCUCAAUGGGACCCUAUUUUGCCUCCUGCUGACCUAACUGCAGAGAAUACCAGAAAGGAACAUUUCUUCUUCUUCCUUCCCUUCCCUUCCCUUUCCUUCUCUUCCUUUUUUUUUCUUUUCCCCUUUUCCCUUUUUAAAAUGUGCUUUCAAGGGGAGAGAAAAACACAGCUCUAACGCUCCCUGGCUUCAAGCAAUGACACCAGGAGGGAGAGAAAUAGAGAGAGCUGGAGAAAAACAGUGGCAACGUUAUUCGCAUGCUUAAAAAAAGAGAGAGCGCCAAACAAUGAGUAAAAUGAAAAAGGAAGCACAAACCAUUUUAAUUAAAGACGUAAUGAAACACUCCAAAUAGGUGCCUGCAGUCAACAUGGUCUGUGAAUUCUCUGUCACUAUUCUCCCUCCCCCUCCCUUUUUCAGUCUAUUUCCUUCAUUUAUUUUUAUUUAUUUUUAAGGAACGUCACGUUCCCGGGUACACUGCUGCUGUGAUGUUACGUUAUCAUUUGAGCCAGGGUAUUUCUGCUCCAGCAGUGUGGUCUGUAUCAUUUCUUAGUGGCAGCUAGGAAAUCACACAUAGAUUUCCUAAUGGAAGUUCAGAGAACCGUUAAUCAUGUAUGAUGCAAAAAGCUCAUCCCAUCCAUUCCUCAUCCGUAAACAGUUUUCUUGGCACAAACCUGAGCAUGCUUGAUAUUGUGCACCUAUUACUUUUGCCCGAAUAAAUUUGCAUCUUGCCACUGUAA